UUUUAGAGAGAGAGAGAGAGGAAGGCCGGCGCCCAUCUAAUUUCCAUUAUUCCAAAAAUGUCCGACCUUUGCCGGCUUUUUAAGACGCUCUCCGCUUGAUGACUUUGUCAUCUUCUUCCUCCUUUCUCCAUAUAUCUCUCCCACCUUCUUCCCCCUUCGACAACUCAGUUCUAAAAUGGCGAAGAAGAAACAGAGCACCCCUGCUUCCACUUCUGUAACAAACAACUGUAACAGAGGAAACUUAAACGGCAUUGAAAAGGUGAGGAGGACGAGGAAAAGCGUGCCGAGAGAAUCUCCAUCUCGGAGGAGCUCCAUUUAUCGUGGCGUUACAAGGCAUAGGUGGACUGGAAGAUAUGAAGCUCAUCUGUGGGAUAAGAAUUGCUGGAAUCAUUCGCAAAACAAGAAAGGAAGACAAGUUUAUCUUGGAGCAUAUGAUGAUGAAGAAGCUGCAGCUCGGGCAUAUGAUUUAGCUGCAUUGAAGUAUUGGGGGCAGGACACCAUAUUGAAUUUUCCUCUUUCAAACUACACAGCGGAGGUGAAAGAAAUGGAAGCGCAGUCCAAGGAAGAGUAUAUUGGAUCCUUAAGACGGAAGAGCAGUGGAUUCUCAAGAGGAGUCUCAAAAUACCGAGGUGUAGCAAGGCAUCAUCAUAAUGGAAGAUGGGAAGCUCGGAUUGGUCGCGUAUUUGGCAAUAAAUACUUGUAUUUGGGAACCUACGCAACGCAAGAAGAGGCUGCAAUAGCGUACGACAUAGCUGCAAUUGAAUAUCGCGGCCUUAAUGCAGUCACCAACUUCGAUCUCAGCCGUUACAUCAAGCCCAUUCGUCCGAAUCAUGAGGACAACAAAUCAAUCACCACCGCCCAUUCCAUCAACUCAUCACCCACCUCCAACUCCAUCCAUUUCAAUUCUCUUCUUACUUUUCCACAACAGCAACAAAGUCAUGAACCAGUAAUUACACCUCUAUCUCAGACAAAAGGAGCAGCCUCGACGCCAUCAUCAGCACUCGAAUUACUGUUCCGAUCAUCAAAGUUCAAGGAGAUGCUCGAGAACACGUCGUCGGCGGCGACAAACAUGGUGCCAUUGUUGCGAGAAUCCGACGAGAAAUCAUCGUCGCAAUGCAGCUUUCCUGAUGACGUUCAGACUUAUUUCAAGUGUCAUGAUAAUGAAAGCUUUGUUGUAGAAGGAGCUGAUACUAUCUUUGGUGAGCUUAAUGCCUUUGAAGCUCCCAUUUUCCAUUGUGAGUUUGAUGUUUGAAUUUUGAUUUUGUUUUGUAUUUUGUGUAAGUUGGGUUGAAGUGGGGGGGGAGAGGAUG